UCGGGCCCCUUUCCGGUACAAGCUGGCACACAGCCAAGCGGUACGUCUGCAGCAGCCACACAGACUGUUGCUUCUUCUUCUUCUGGGUCAGCAGUGGUAGCUACACCAUCACCGCAACAACCUGUUCCUCAACAGGGACAACAGCAAGGUCAAUGGUACCCAAAGACCCCUAUGAAACCGCCCCUUGCCUUCUACGGAGAGAAGAAGGACGAGGAAGUCAACACAUGGUUGAGAAUGGUUCCAGUGUGAGUAAGGGCAAAGAGGACUAUGCAGGAGGAGGAGGUGAUUACUGCCGCAGCGAAAUGGCUGGAUGGAUUAGUAGCAAAGCUGCCGCAUCUUACCUUGAGGGUAAGGCAGCGAAAUGGCUAGAUGGAUUAGUAGCAAAGGCCAGGUACGGACGACGCAUGGCGGACUGGGCUAAGACCCUAACGUUAGAAGAGUUCUUAGACAUGGUAGAAGCUCGCUGGCAUAAUCCACAGCAGGCACAGAUUGCCACUGAUGCGAUGCUCAAACUAAACCAGCGAAAGUUCAAGUCAAUCAGAGAGCUAACGUCUACUGUCGAGAGCCUCAUUGUCGUUCCCGGCAUACGCUACGAUGACCAGGUCUUAUUGACCAUGUUUGUGAGAUGUCUCCCAGAGAAUCUCAUAAAUUUACUGGCCAGCGAGGCUCACCUCGAGUAUCAUUCGUUUGAGACCUUAUCUAGAAAAGCCUUAGACUUAGAGGCUACUCUAGGAAGUGCUCAGCCUACUCCAGUAGACGCGAGGAAGAAGAAGAGUCCACAUAAGUGGAAGAAGAAGGGGAGUCGAUUGAUGAUGGUUGAGUCUGAUGGGACCCAAACUGAGAUCGAGGAGCUUUCAGACCUGUUGGACAGCACAGAGUACGACGACGAGGAAACCGCUGAGGGUAGCACCCUCGCCGCAGUAGUAAAGACUAAGGCAGGUGGCCGAGGGAAGGGCCAUCAUAAGAGUCAAGGGCAGGCCACCUCCAACCAGACCAAAGUUGCUGAUUGGGUCAAGGCAUGUCUUGAUCAAGAAGUGUGGCGGGACCGUAGAGUGCGUGGUGCUUGCAUCAACUGUGGUGAAUGCGGACACACCCAGUACAAGUGCAAGAAUGCAAGGAUCACGCAGAAGAUACCCCCUAAGAUACCCUCCCCACUUCAUGAGCAGGCCAUAGCUAAUGACUCUUUAGUCACCCUGCAGACUCAUCCAGACCAAACUAUACUCUGUACGUUGGAUGUGUCUGAUGCCUUAGAAGAUUUAGAAAGUGAGUGGUCAAGCAAGGACCCUCGCGAAUCUUGGGUGGCACUAAGAAGAGGUCCUAGAGGGGAACAUUUCGUUGUGGAAGUUGCUGUAGGAGACCACAAAUGUGGUGCCUUCAUAGACAUCGGCUCCACGCGGAAUUACAUAAGUCGCGACUGCUUGGAAAGGCUGCACCUACAGGACCGGGUACAACACCUUAGUAGACCGGUAGCAUCUACUUCGGCCAAUAAGGAGCGCAUGGUUGUCACAGACUAUAUCAAGGAUGUAGUCUGUACCUUCUCCUACGGAGGAGGGGAACUUGAUAAUAAGAUUCCGUUCCUGGUUAGCGACGACUUACCAUUUGACAUGUUGUUAGGAAUGUACUACCUUGAGGUUGCCAAGCCCCAGUUUGACUGGGACAAGAAGGUGAUAAAGCAUAAGUUGCUUGAUGGAAGAACUGUUAGACUAACUAAGUUCAAAGCCAGUAGUAUAAUCGAUACUGAUGGUUGCUUGUGUGCAUCAGCGUUCUAUAACUACUAUAAACAGAACCAAGAGGAGGGUAUAUACCUAGUGUAUGUCUCGGAGAAAGGGGAGGUCGUUAAAACACCCCAAGAGAUAGAACACGUCGUUGCUAAGUUCCCUGAUCUGUUCACAGAGCCCACAGGAGUCGUCGAUAGGGAGGUUGUCCACGCCAUAGAAAUCUUUCCAGGGAGUAAAACCCCAAAGGGAAGGAUCUAUAGCACGGCUCCAGCCGAGUUGGAUGAACUUCGGCGACAAUUGAAAGAGCUGACAGAAAAGGGAUGGAUCCGGCCGAGUACUUCCCCCUUCGGAUCUCCGAUGCUAUUUGUACCGAAGAAGGGGGGUACAUUGACGAUGUGCAUUGAUUACAGAGGCCUCAAUGCCAUCACAGUGAAGAACGCAGAGCCUCUACCUCGCAUAGACGACCUAUUGGAUAGGGUGCAGGGAUGUAUUAGGCCGGAAGAUGUGAAGGUGGCUAGUAUCAGGGACUGGCCACGACCUCAGACUAUUACUGAGGUCAGAUCGUUCUUAGGAAUGUGCGGCUACUAUAGAAACUUCGUAAAGGACUAUUCAACAGUCGCCUCUCCUUUGACUGAUUUAACUCGACUUGACACGCCGUGGGACUGGAGUGAUGAGUGCGAGGCUGCUUUCAAACGAUUGAAGCAUGCACUCAUGAAUCAUGAGGUUCUCAUGGUGCCCGAUCCUCAGAAGCCUUUCAUUCUAACCAUUGGCGCAAGCCAAUACGACAUUGGCGCAGUGCUGGCUCAACAAGAUCGAAAGAAGUUGAGACCGAUUGAGUAUAUGAGCAAAAAGAUGCCAUCUAAGAAACUGGCAAAGUCCACCUAUGAAAGGGAACUCUAUGCUCUCUACAAAGCACUUGUCCAUUGGAGGCACUUUCUGUUGGGACGAUUUUUCUAUUUGAGAACUGACCAUCAGACCCUUAAAUGGAUCAAGACUCAACCGGCUCUUUCUGACGCACUCAAGCUCUGGAUUGAGGUCAUAGAUCAGUAUGACUUCAAGCUAGAGUAUCUAGGGGCGUUAGUUUCUGAGUUUGGUGUAUCUGAAGAACUAACUCAAUCGCUGGUGGGAGCCUAUCAAGAAGACCCUGUCACGAUGGACAUCAUACGCAAACUUCAGGCAACAGACAAGGCCACAGAAGAUGAGUUUGUGAUGGUGGACGGGCUUCUCGUUCUUGAAUAAGGCCGGAUUUAAAAGGUUAGUUGUUCCAUCUAGUGAACGUUUGCGUAGUUUAUUCUUAGGAGAAUGUCAUGACGCG